AUGGUAAUUGGUUAUUGGAUUUCUCAGGCAGGUAUCACUACAAAUAUAAAUGCAGAGUUGCAAACGAUCUUAAAUGGCCUCCAGAUGGCUUGGAACAAUGGUUUUCUAUAUGUUGAGUGUAAAUCGGAUUGUCAAUCGGCUUUGAAUUUUAUUCAUGAUGGAGUUCCUACAACUCACCUUUACGCACCUGUUAUUGACCUCAUCAGGAGGUUCAUUGAUUAUAUUUGGCUUUUAUCUUUCCACCAUUCCUUAAGGGAAGACAAUAUUUAUACUGACUGGUUAGCUAAACAUGGAGUGAGAUUGGAGGGGGACAUGAUCUCUUGGAGGCAGUACUCAACACCUCUUUCUACCUAUCUUCUUGCUGAUUCAAUGGGGAUUUCCUCCCCCGAAAUUAAUUUAGUUGUUUCGUGUUGUUUCUUUCUAUUGCAUUAA